AUGCAAGAAGCGCUUGAUACAAUGAACGACUGGGCACUCAGAAACAAGAUGAAACUUAACGCGAAAAAGACGAAAGACAUGUGGAUCUGCUUUAAAGCUGCAAUUCCGGAACCACCAUCACUUAAGAUUGGCGAUGAUACGAUUGAAAGAGUAAACUCGUUCAAGCUGUUAGGUCUUUGGAUUAAUAAUACCCUUAAAUGGGACACCCACAUUGAAGAAAUUACAAAGAAAGCAAACAAACGCCUAUUUUACCUACGGGAAUGUCGUCGAGCAAAUCUACCAACCAAAGUGGGUUUAACAUGCUAUAAAACCAAAUUAAGACCGGUUCUGGAAUAUGCGGCCCCAAUAUGGGGUGGUCUGCCACAAUACCUUACAGACGAACUGGAGAGUAUCCAGACUAGAAGCCUGAAAAUUAUUGGGCUACCUUCUGAUUCUCUUCAGUCUCUACAGCAACGUCGGGAUAAUCUUGCCAUUCGUGAGUACAAGAAAAUCAUUAAUGAUGAAACGCACUCAUGCAGGAAAUAUACACCUGACAUAGUGACGAACACGUAUGACUUAAGAACACCAAAAUCUCUUCCCCAAUUUUUCUCAUACACUAAGAGGCAUGAACUAUCGUUUAUUCCAGGAACAAACUCGCUAUUAUAG